AUUCUACAGACUCCAAUUUCCCAUUCCCUUCGCGCAGUGUGUGCGUGGCCGCUACCGCUGCAUAGCCUCACCGCUGCAUCCCGGGCCUACUAAGCAGGGGCCGUUGCAGCUCAGACAGCCGCAUGAGCGUGCAGUCCUGCGUCAUCACCAACCAUGCAGCACUUCACCACGCAGUUGCGUGAUGAGCAGAACAGGACACGCUCGCUGCGCGCGAGUCAUUAUCGCAAGUCGAGAAGAAAUAAAGAGAAAAGGAAACAAGACGAAUCGCUUUUCGACCUACAAGGAGAGGACGAAACGCAGCCAGACGCCACAGUCCAAUCGUACACCUCGUCUACCGCGCCUGGCAUAGCUCAGCUGCGUGUCGCAGGCCUAUUGCCCAGCCAAGAGAACGAGGUCCCUCCAGCACCCUUCCCCCAUGCGCCUGCGAGCGUGUCCAAACCACAUCAUGUCCCUGCUAAAGUCCAAGAGGAAAUGGCCAGGCCGCCUUCACGCCUCUACGCCGUCAACGCCACCUCUAAAAGCGGUGUCGUUCAAGGCCAACCAGAGGCGCAGAAGAGGGCGCACCUUGACUCUUUGUCCACGCUGAUGCAUUGCUGUCUGCUCAAGGGAGAUUACGAGCGUGCGGGGAGAGCGUGGGGCAUGAUCUUGCGGACGCAGGUAGCUGGUGGGCGCCCGGUAGAUCCGCGUAACCACGGACGUUGGGGCAUUGGUGCUGAAAUAGCCCUGCGUCGUGGAUCACAAACGCUGAAUGAGCACAGAUUCUCUGAACAGGGCUUUGAGCUUGCUCGUGAAUAUUACAAUCGUCUGAUCAUACAACACCCGAAUCGGAAACUGCAGCCUCAUGCUGUCGAUGAGAGAACCUUCUACCCGCCCAUGUUCUCACUGUGGAUUUACGAGGUUUGCGAAAAGAGCAAGCGCGCAAGAACGGAGUUGCGUGAUGACAUCGCGAAUCAAACACGCUCUUCUCGAAGUGUGUCGGUCGACAGUAACCUCAGUAAGAGGUCAGACGGUCUCUCUGCGAAAGAAGAGGCGAUCCAAAUGGAAGAACUUACCCAAGCCCUGGAGAUUGCAGAACGCCUCGAUCAGGUCAUCAUGUCACCACCCUUUGACAGACAGCCAAGUCUUCUAGAACUCCGCGGCAAUGUCGCCUUGUGGAUAAGUGAUCUCACCAUGGGAAAGAUGGGCUCAGAUGAGGACUGGGAUAUGGAUCUACCUAGAUACUCAAGUUCAGUCUCAGACCAGCUGAAGCGACUUGGAAGGGCUCAUCAGGAGCUACUAGCAGCACAAGCGUUCUUCGAGCGAGCUGCAACCAAUGGUGGUGAAGCUGCAACCCUGUCCAGUAUCAACGCAAAACGCAGAAAUCUAGUGAAGAUCAUGGAGCAGUUGCACGCUGCUGGGUAAGGCCGGUAAUCAGCUUCACCGACUACGUUGUUUGAAGACUUUCGCCAACUGGACACUACACCAAGCCUUUGGUGGCUGAACAAAUUUUGCUUUUUUGCCAUAUACCCAUUCACGACUUAGAAGCCUCUACAAUACAUGAAAAGAUACCAAAUGAUAUCAUGUAGUAGGUGAAAACUUUUCUACCUAUUUUCUUAGUCUACUCCGGCUCUUUUGUAGAAACUGUUACACAUGCGUCAAGGACUCGACAAAUGAGAGAAUUUAGUCAAACCCUCUGGACGCCAAACCCUUCUGGAAUCCUACGUAUGCAGGCACAAGUUGUGGCGUAAGAGGCGGCAGGGAAAAAGAACGAUAAGCAAUGUUUGCUAUGUACCAACCACAUCUGUUUUCGUCUGGCAAGUUCCGGGUGUAGAAAAACAAACACAGCCGAUCUCUUGUACCAGAACGAUCAAUUGUCACGCA